AUGGGUUCUAUGCUACUCCCAAAUGCUGAGAGACCAAGAUUAAUGGUUCAAGUCAUCGAAGAGAAAGCGCAAUGGCAGGGAAACGAAACAUUCAUGAGAUAUCCUACACCUGAUUGGCAGGAAGAAGGCUUUCGCACCAUAACAUGGAGCCAAUUCGCAGAUGCAGUCAAUAAAAUGGCUUACUGGCUGGACAAUCAAUUAGGAAAAUCUAGGGAUCAGGAUACCAUUGCCUACCUGGGACCAUCUGAUCCUCGCUAUUCGAUUAUGAUACCUGCAGCAAUCAAGACAUCACGAAAGCUCUUCAUCCCUGAUGGUCGCGUUACUUCUGAGGGGCUUGACAGCCUCGUCAGAUCAGCAGAAUGUUCAAUAUGGCUACAUGCAGAAGGUUCGAAAUAUCGAGCCGGGCUUGGUGAAAACACGGGACUGAGAUUUCUAAAUGUUCCUACAAUUGCUUGGAUGCUGGAUAGUGAAGAAUACAAACCCUAUCCCUACCUCAAGACCUUCGAGGAAGCAAGGUUUGAUCAGGUUUUAGUUAUUCAUACUUCUGGCACAACAGGUUUUCCGAAGCCAAUUUAUCACACCAAUGGCUUUUACAGUGCCUGGUCAAGUUGUCUUCAUUUAUCUCAAAAGUACUGGCCGAAAGGGACAUCAUUCGAUGCUUGGGUGGGCAAGAUGAUACUCACGGCUUGCCCACCACAGUGGUUGGGCGGCUUGCAUAGCUAUAUUUUUGGCCCAAUCUUCAUGAACAUCUCCACGACGAUUGCACCGCCAGGAGUUGUGGGGCUUCCACCGGAUAUAUUCAAGUCGGUACUCAAACAUAACAAGAUCGAUGGUAUCCAUUGUCCACCACAAGUUGUACACGAGCUUUACAAGGAGAAAUCGACUAAGUCGCUAUUGGAGUCACUGGAAUUUAUCAUUUUCUUAGGUGCUACACUUGACAGAGAUAUCGGCGACGAUCUCUGUCGACAUACCAGGGUGAUUCCACUCAUAGGAUCUACGGAAAAUGGGCCGCAGGUUGAUCUUCCACCAGUGGACCGGGAGCUAUGGUACACGCACGCUUACGCACCAGAGAAUGGCAAUCGCAUGAUCCAUGUGCCUGAUUCCAGCAUCGCAGGAGGUGGCUCAGAGGGUUUAUAUGAGCUAGCCCUCGAGAGAGCUGCCGAUGGGCAGCCGAACGUUCACCAGUGCGCUUUUUGGAAUCCUAUGCAUCGUGAUAUAAGCAUCAUCCAUACAAACGAACUUUACACGCCACUGAAAGACAAAGAUGGGAGUACACGUUGGAACUUCGUAACCAGGAAAGAUGAUCUGACAAAGCUAAGCUGGCUUGCAAAAUUCCACGCCCAGGACCUGGAAGGAAAGUUUUUACGCCAUCCAGAUGUUCGCAACGUUUUUGUUGGAGGACAGGGGAGGCCCACUCCGUUCGUGAUCAUCGAACCAAACGGUGCAGUACGGGAUUUCGACCAAGCAAGCUCUCUGAUUCUCAAACUGUAUGAGGAAGUUAUAAAGAAAGGAAAUGAAGAGUGUGUGACAGAGAUUGGAAUCCCCAAACAUACAAUUAUUCUCACCAAACCUGGAAAGCCAUUGAAAAGAAACGCGAAGAGUGGCAUCAACAGAAGGGCCGCAGAAGAAGACUAUGCAGGAGAAAUUGAAGAGGCAUAUCAUAUACUGGCCAAGCUUGCUGAUUAAUUACCCCACAAGAGUCCCAAUAUGACAUAUAAGCCGAUGAGUUAUCAUUGAAUACCUCUCAAAACAUUUUUCUGCAAAUGUGUAUAAAAUACAUAAACUGGUGAACUAUGCAUGAUAGGAACAGAC